CAUGGUUGCCGUUGUGCGUACAGAUUGAAAUAAGGAAUGUGUUCCGGAAGACAGAGAUAGUUGAAUCAUGAUCUAUUAAAAUCUCUAUGUAAAGGGGUUUGUCUUGUAAGGGCCAUUCACAAUAAUGUCUGUUCCACAGAGAUGGCUGAAUUGUCCCCGAAAAAGUCAGAUUAUCGCAGAAAAGUUUCUUGCCUUUAAAACACCACUGGGGCCGCGCUAUGAUGACGAAAUUCCAGAGGCAAAUAGAUUUCAGCUGCCUAUGUUGUUUGCCUAUCUCCAGUCCCUACAGAUGAGGUUAGGAUUGAUCAUUGACUUGACAAACACAAAUCGUUUUUAUGACAAAACAGUUGUGGAACGGACAGGAAUCAAACAUAUCAAGAUGCAGUUGAAAGGGCAUGGGGAGACGCCCUCAAAAGAGCAAGUUGCUUUAUUUAUUAGAAUGUGUGAUCGUUACUUUGAUCAAAACCCUGGGGAAUUAAUAGGUGUUCACUGUACUCAUGGCUUCAACAGAACUGGCUUCUUAAUCAUUGCCUAUCUUGUAGAAAAAGAUGACUGGAGUAUUGAGGCAGCUAUUCACUGUUUUGCGCAGUGUCGCCCUCCAGGAAUUUACAAAGCACACUAUUUGCAAGACUUAGUUAAGCGGUACAGUGACUCAAAUGAAUCCAUCGCUGCACCUGAGCUUCCUGAUUGGUGUUAUGACGAGGAGGAAGGACUUAGUGACAAUGAGGAGGAAAAUGGGAGAACUGUGGAAGAUGGAAGUCACUCUGAUGGGAGAAGGAAAAAGAUGCGAAGGGAUCCAAGAUUGAAGGAAGCAAAAUUUAUGGAUGAGGUUGAGGGGAUUGAGGUUGUGAAUUCACCCAGAAGAGAAGAUAUCCAAGAAAUAUGUGAAAAAAUGUGCGCUUGGGAAAGUGGGGGAUUCCCAGGAAGUCAACCAGUGUCCAUGGAUGUCCAGAAUAUUAAAUUACUUCACGAAAAACCUUACAGAGUCAGUUGGAAAGCAGAUGGCGUGAGAUACAUGAUGCUGAUUUUAAAAGAAAGAGAAAUAUACUUAAUAGACAGAGACAAUAAUGUGUUUGCUGCACCACAGUUCCAUUUCCCUCAGCGUAAAAACCUUAGAGAGCAUAUUUUUGACACUCUGAUUGAUGGGGAGAUGGUUCUUGACAAGGAAAAUGAAAAGGUUCACCCUCGAUAUCUGGCCUACGAUAUCGUCAGAUUCCAAGGGCAAGAAGUCGGAAAACAAAGCCACGACAUCAGAAUGAUUUGUAUUGAAAAAGAAAUAGAAAUGGCUCGAAACCAAGCUGCUCAACAAGGACUCUUGGACAAGUCAAAGGAGCCGUUUAGCAUCAGAGCGAAAAAGUUCUUUCCAGUAGAGAAAGCAGAGUGGGUGUUAGAAAACUGGAGUCCUAAACUUAGCCACGAGAAUGAUGGACUGAUCUUCAACCCCGCCGAGGAGCCGUAUGAGGCCGGACAGAGCUCUGAGUUAUUGAAAUGGAAACCACACACGCUAAACUCCGUGGACUUCGUUCUUAAUAUAAGAACUGUUCGACAAGAAGGGUGCAUUCCUGAAUCAGUUGGUGCUCUCAUGGUCGGUGGUUUUGAUCGACCAUUUGCCCAAAUCAAGGUUACGAAAGAACUCAAAAGCCUCGACAAGAAAGUGGUGGAAUGCACUUGGGAUGCCAAGAACAAACAGUGGAAAUUUCUCAGAGUCAGGGAAGAUAAAAGUUUCCCAAAUGGUUACAAGACAGCUAUGAGCGUAUGCAAAAGCAUUCAACAACCUGUGACAAAGAAAUGGCUUCUGGAAGUCAUAGAGAAACAUCGUUACCACUCAGUUAGACAUAGAGACCCCAACGCUCCAUCCACGAGUCACGCCGCAGUUUAGAUCACAGACUCACCAGAAUGGCCUUAGAAGCAGUAGAAGCCGCCUUGCGUCAGUUGAAGCUCUUCUUAGAGAAAGGUAACCGCACACAUUUGGAUAAAGAGACUUAUAUCAGUCGUAUAGAGUCUUCCUAUGUCUGGUGCCUCCAUCACUCUUUGAUUUGCUAUCGUGAAGGCGAGAACCAUGCUCGGAUGCUCCGCCGUAAUCCGAUGGCGUCGUCGUGAGGAACAGAAUAGUGCCGACUGGGUUUACCGACGUGACACAAACACCGACUGCUGUUAUUUCGCAUUUGUACAGAUUUUAUAGCAUAAAGCACUUCUUGUUUUAUAUUCAUUUUCAUUCUGUUAUCAGAAGGCUACUCUAGAAAAUACCUGACGUAAGUGCAAUCCUUCCAAUGUUUUGCGUUUUCAGCGCUUGCUAAAUUUCAGUUAUUUAGUUCUUAUGAUUUUGAGGUUCAGAGGCCUUUUAGAGCUUUAUCUCAUAUAAUGUCACUGAUUGUUUUUUGAUGUAGCGAUCACCAACAGUGCCUCUUUUCGCACAACUUCCCUGAGUGUUAAAAUGUGAAGCAACCUCGUUUCCAGGUUCACCAGUCCUUCCCCCCACUGUCUCUCUUACUCCAGGAAAUGGAUAGAAGAUAGGCCCUGGAAACGAGGUUUUAUGGUAAAGAAGAUUGAAUGAUUAAGCCUCUUUAUGUAAGAGACAUUGGAAGAGUUAUGCAUAUUUUAAGUACCACCCAAAUCUGAUGGUCGAAAAAAGUACUUUGGCUUUUUUUACCUUAAUUAGUAGACCUGUAGCAGAUGUGGUUUUCUUUUAUCAAUGUUGAUUUUUUUGUAUGGUUUUAAAUUUUUUUUUCCAUAACCAGAAUUUUAAGUCGGGCACCUCUUCGUUUAACCAGAAGGUACUGAUUUCUUCAGUCUUGUGGAUUUGAAAUUGUUAUAGAAGGUUAGCAAAAGUGACUACUCGAGAGUUACGGGAUAGGUUUGUACUUGAAGAAAAAGAAAAAGAAAAGGAAAGAAAGUAAUAAACAACUGUAAAUAGUUUUAUUCUAUGUAAACUAGUAUUUCGCAUGAAGUAUUUUCCAGUUUGAAAAACUGAUUACUUCAAUGGUCCCGCUAGCAUAAAGUUUGAAACUUGAAUUCGAUGAUAUUUUCAUCCUCUUUGUUGAUGUAAAACGAGAUGAAUUUGACCAAUUUUUUAACUCUUCAACUCCCAGUUCAAAUUCUUAAUUCUCCUUACUGUCAACCAUACAAUUCUUGAAAUGUUAGUUCAGGGAAUUUAGUAUCACCAUUCUCAUCACUUGUCUGGUUGAUACUGUAUUGAUAUUGUAAGGAGAAAUUCUGUCUUGGUCACUCAUGGGAAAUUAAGGGUAAACAGCAAGACAAGUAAGAUCAAAGGGCAAAGAUGCUGUACUCAUUAUCAAUCAAGGAUUGUACAAGCUGAAUGCUUGAUGCAUUAUUAUGGACUUUUACUUAUGGUCUGCUAGAGGACAGACAUGUAGGAGACGUCACCAUGAAUUUUUCUUUAUUAUAUAGUAACAUUUAUGACCGGUUACGCUCUCGCUGUAUAUUUAACAAAUAGACUCCAUGUUGCCAUGCAUCUGUACAUUAAAAGAGCACAGAAGGCGUCUAAAUGUGGUAAGAACAUCAGUUAUACUGCAUUUCAAACGAAGCGCGGUAGCAGAGGUGGAGUGAAAAAACGAGAGAGGAUUGGGUUGGGUCGCGUGAUGAGAGGUGUUUUGUACGCGACCCGACCCAAACCUCUCACGUUUUUGCUCUGUUGCUAGUAUUCGCUCUGGUUAUUAUUUCGUUCUGUUUUACCAACUAGAAGCGUGGAACAGGUAUCACAGAGCAGACUCGCGGCAACAUAGAAUCAAUUUAUUAAUUAGAUAGCGAAAGCGUAGCCAAUUAUAUCAGUUACAUAUUAGAUAGAACACUAGCGACAAAUGCUAACGACAGAUAACUGGAUUCGGCUGGCGUGUAUACACAUCACUGUUGGUCAUUAGUUCAUUGGUAAAGGAUCAUGCCCGCCAUUUUGAAAUAGGUCAAUCAACUGUAUUGGUGGCAACUAGGGUGUGAACAUGGCGUUGUGUACCGCCACAAGGACUUAUUUCAGAUCGAUAUUUAAUUGCUGCUCAUAAGGAAGUGGUGAUUUAAAAAUAUAGAAAGCAUUUGUCAAAAUACUGUAAUUAACAACUCUUUGUUUUGAUUGUGAUAUCGUAUUUGUUUUGGUAGUGUGGAGCGGAAAAGCUACCCAUCCAAAUAAAAUGUAUGUUUUGGG